GCAUUGGCAGCACUGUUUCGAAACAUGGCCGCAUGGCGGCAUGACAGCGGUCAAUCUGAUAUAUUGUCACAAAACAAUUUAAAUACAUUUGUCCCUGUUAAUUUUAAGACGAUAUUGGGUAAUACAACAGAAGAAAUAAAUUUGGCAGAAUUUAGCAAGAAAAACACGCAUUCAAAAGUAUGUAAUCCUCUAAUAAGUGGUCCUGAGUGUGCAGUGACGUCUGUAAGCGAAAUAAUCAACAACGACGAAAUUGUUGAGUCUCAUGAAGGAUUUUCAUCACACAAUGAGUCGUCAGAAAUGCCAAAGUGUAAUAUUGAAAUGCCAAAAUCAAAUAUGGAGAAAAACAAAAGGAAAACGGAAGACAAUAGCGCACGGUACAAAUGUGAAUAUGACGGGUGUGAAAGGACAUACAGCACAGUCGGGAAUCUGCGGACACACAUGAAAACACACAAAGGUGAAUACAGGUUCAAGUGUCCAAUGCAAUCAUGUGAAAAAGCAUUUCUCACAUCAUACAGUCUGAAAAUUCAUGUCAGGGCCCACACAAAAGCAAAACCUUUCAUGUGCAACACUGGUGGAUGCAGGAAAGCUUUCAAUACACUUUACAGGCUGAGAGCACACCAAAGACUUCAUAGUGGAGAUACAUUCAACUGUAAAGCUGAUGGCUGUGCCAAGUUCUUUACAACACUCAGUGAUCUCAAAAAACAUAUUCGUACCCACACACAAGAGCGACCAUACAAAUGCAGAACAGAGGGGUGCGGCAAAUCGUUUACGGCGUCGCAUCACCUGAAGGCGCACGGCCGCACGCACUCAGGCGCCCGCCCGCACGCAUGCGCCGCUCCCGGUUGCGGACGACUGUUCUCUACAGCCACCAGUCUUCGAGCUCAUGCUAAGAAACAUCAGAUUGACGCCGAGUCGGUGAUCAUACAAGUCUCGGAAGUCGCGCAGCCGAUCCAACAGCCUCCUGCUGAAUCCAAUGUCCAAUCGAAAACGAACGAUUUAAUGAAUUGGGAUGGACUAUUAGAAUCUUUCGGAAGAAUAACAACUGAAUCUAACUCAACAGAUGGGAGCUUAGAAGAUAUAACAAGCGUUAGUAACGUAGACAUAACAAAAUUGCUUUUUGAUGAUGCCGUUAACAAUACUAAAAAUAACGAAGCUGAAAAUCUUGCUGUAGAUUACGAUUUGGCAAAUCUAACAUUUUCUCCAUUUCAUAACGUUAAAUCUGAGAAAAAAGAAGGCGACGAUACGUGGGUUGAUCUACAACGCACAGUGCCACUUGAGCCUGAUGAAAAUUACCCUAUAAAAAUGGAAGUAAAAUCAAAAGCAAUACAAUUAGCUUUAGCAAAUGAAAUUGAAUUACAAGCGCCGUGGGUUGACGUGAGUGCCCUGGCGGCUUCAAUAUCGGAAACUCCUGUGAGUAUAAAGGAACAGACACCAGAAAGCAUUUUUACAUUAGCAACGUUUGUCCCGACGCACAUGCAAAGCUAUAUAGACUUGAAUACAGAAGUCGCUCCCACUGCAAACCUUAUGACUCACACUUCCUUCGAUCUGGACACUCCAAACGUUCUAGACGUUGGCGAUAAAGUAUUUAAUGACAGUGAAAUCGUUACAAAUCUAGAACCCAAUAAACUCGAUCCGGAUUUGGACUUAUUUUUCAGAUCCGAUGACGACAGAUCCCUAAAUACACCCCCUCCAUCAAAGGUGCAACAUAAAAUAGAAAUCAAUCCCGCAAACUCUGUGUUAUUUAAUACAGAUUUAGAUUUAGAAGAUACAUUGUUGUUUGACAAUGAACCGCCUUCUGAUAUGUACGUUGUAAGAACUGAAAAUAUUUUCGGAAAAGAAAUUGCAAAGAGGAAUGCUUUGGAACAAUUAGCUGCUGACGCCGGUAUUUGUUCGUGUACGAAUUGCAAAUGCAAUCCUUCAAAAGGAGAAUGCAGAAACUGCAAUAAUGGUACAGCAUCGGAGGAGACUAAAGGUUGUACGGAAGACACUUGCUCGUGUGUGAAUUGUGAAUGUGAUCACGCUGCAAUGAAAUGCGCUGUCGGAUGCGGACAGGCGACGGAUACUAACCAUAACACAUUUUUACAUUAUCAUCGACGGCAUAACAACUCUAAUCUAGAAGAUUUAGGAAUAUUUACCCUCCAUGAGUGUGAUGAAGAGGCACCGAAGACUGCUCUUGACAGCAUCAAAUGUAGUUGCGAUGAUUCUAAUAAAGAUGCCACGUGCCAUAGUACAGGUGAAAAAGGGGACGAGAGUUCCUGUUGCAGUAAUAAGAAGUCCUGUUGUAUUACAAUUUGUUUUAAGAAACUCGACGCCUUCAAACAAUUUCUCUCCGACAAUGAUCUGGUGCAUGCUCUGAAAUCGCACAAUUUAACCACAACUUCAUAACAAUUUGCUUUACAACGCUGCAUUUAACAAUGUUCGGAAACAUCGAAUAUGCUACAUUACCAGCGCCCUGCUAUAACUUUGCCAAACGUGAUAUUACGUUAUGUUUUUAAGUUAUAUUGCUAUGUAUGUAUUUAUGUAUUUGUUGUGUUUUUUGUCCACUGUGUGCAGUAAUGUAGGAUUUUUGUUUCGUAACAGUGUGCGUAGAUCUGCGCGGUGAUAUUUUGUGCAAUCAUAUUUUUAGAAAAUGACAUAUAUUAUGAGAUUUGAGAAGCCGACAUUUAAAACAGUCCAUUGAAAAAUGAAUUUUAGCUGUUACCAGCUAGUGCGUAAACAUAUUAUAAACAAUUCUCAAUUUUAUUACUGCACAUAAAAUAAAAAAAAAACAAUUUAAUUGUAUUAAAGCAAAAAUAUAACAUAUAGUAAUUUUGAUAUGAAGACCAAAAUGCAAAGAAGCAUGAUACUAUGUUUUGUGAUGUUUUGCUACAUUGACAAGCAUAUUGAGUUUAUGUUGAUGUUUUAAGUGACACAUAUGGCCGAAAUAAGUUACAAAAAUAAAUGUCUUUGUUAGAAUUUAACAAACCAAAAAUAAUUAAAACAAAUUGUCGGCUUUAUAAUCCAUGCUUUUAGUCAAGUUACUUAUAAAAAGUUCAUGCCAGUGAAACGUGCCAUAUAAAGAAAAUAGUAGUUAGUGUACUUAAAAGAUAUCUUUUGAUUACAUUGUUGGUAUUAUGAAUGUGGUGCUAUUAUAAACUGUUUAUACGAAGUGCCUUAUAUGUUGUACUUACAAUAUACAUGUUUUAAAUAUA